GCAGGGGUGGGAGCCAAUGGGCCGGCGGGGCGGGACAUGGCGCGGCGGCCAUGGCGGCGGUGCUGGCGCGGGGGCUGGCGCGUGGCUGGUUGGCGUGGCGCGCGGGGCAGCGGUGCGUGGCGGCGCCCGGCGGGCAGGACGGGGAGGUGGGCAAAGCGCAGCGGGCAGCGGCAGCCGGCGAGGAGGCGGGCGGGCAGCCCACCAUCUUCAGCAAGAUCAUCGCCCGCAGCGUGCCUGCCACCAUCCUCUAUGAAGAUGACAAGUGCCUGGUUUUCCGCGACGUGGCCCCUCAAGCCCCCGUCCACUUCUUGGUGAUCCCCAAGCGCCCCAUCCCCCGGAUCAGCCGUGUGGGUCCCCAGGACACUGAGCUCCUGGGGCACUUGCUGGUGGUGGCAGCACGCACAGCGCAGGCAGAGGGUCUGGCUGAUGGCUACCGCCUCGUGAUCAACGAUGGGAAGCACGGCGCCCAAUCUGUCUACCAUCUGCAUCUCCAUGUGCUGGGGGGGCGGCAGCUGGGCUGGCCCCCCGGCUGAGCACCCCCCGACAACCACCGCCCCCCAAUAAACAUCUCCUUGGCGUUGGC